CUUCGAGGCUGUGCCAGCUCGGUUGCUUGCUUGUAUCAAUGAGACUGUUUCAUUGUGAGGAAAGAUUUAUCGCCGACUCUCUCAAGGACAGAAAAAAAAAACGAAAGAUAAAUUGUUUUUGAGUCUGAAAUAAAUCUUCUAAUUUUUUACAGUUCAUAAUACAGGAGGAGUUUUUUUUUUUUCUUUUCUUCCUUUGGGUUUUUUUUUUCUGCACUUAAUUUUGAUCAAUGACGUCUCGGACUUUGAGGAGAAGGCUUCACCAUGGAGAUGUUGACGGGAAAAGGGACGAGCAUUUGGAUUGUUCGGGAGUAGAUCCUUUGAAUGAGCCGUUACUUGGGAAUCAACAAUACGACCAUGAUAAGGCUUCUGAGGAAUGUACACUUGCAGAUCUUUUGGAUGAUGGACGGAGCAGAGAAAACUUGCACUGGGCAAUGCUUUUUUCUCAAUUAAUUGCACAAUGGGCUCAGUGGUUGGCAAAUAUUGUUUUUGGAUCUGGAUCUUUUAUCGGAAGGCUUCUGCCAUUUGCUUCAGCUCCUCAAGAUGGAGUGAAAAGGAAGAUUUUACCACCUUUGCUGAGUCAUUUACAGGAAGCAAGACUCAAGCAUCUAAAACAGAGGCUGGCAGUUUCUUUUGAUGGCGAUUAUUUGCAGCAUCAAGAUGCACUUAGACAUCUGUGGAGGUUAGCUUAUCCUAAUAAGGAGCUCCCAUCCCUUAAAUCAGAACAAUGGAAAGAGAUGGGUUGGCAAGGGUCUGAUCCUUCAACAGACUUCAGGGGCGGAGGAUUUAUAUCAUUGGAAAAUCUUAUCUUCUUUGCUAAGACGUACCCGGAAGCUUUCCAGAAUUUGUUGCAUAAAAGAGACGGAAACAGAUCUGAAUGGGAGUACCCUUUUGCUGUAGCUGGCAUCAAUGUUUCAUUUAUGUUGGUGCAGAUGUUAGAUCUUCAAUCAGGAAAACCAAGUACUUUGGCUGGAAUUCACUUUCUAGACUUACUUGGUGAAGAUGAAAUGGCCUUUGACAACCUUUUCUGCGUUGCCUUUAAAUUGUUGGAUGCUCAGUGGCUCGCCAAACGUGCAUCAUAUAUGGAAUUCAAUGAUGUCCUCAAGUCAACAAGAACCCAACUGGAACGUGAACUUGCAUUGGAAGACAUCUCCUGUAUACAAGAUUUGCCAGCAUAUAACCUAUUAAAAAGAUAAUGGGGCUAUACAAUGCAGUUCUAGAAAUAUGUUCAUAUGUGUCUUGAUUCAAUGUCUUGUAAUCAUCUUAUACCAAUUUAUAAUUUUUAUUUCUUUUUCUUUAGGAAUAAAGUCCAAUUUGUUUAUACCAAGGGAGUUAUGCGGAAUUGUGCAUUUUGGCAACAGUACAUCACAUCUCAGAAGUAGCGAUAAACUACUGGUGAUCCGAGUCCCCCACAAAAUUUCUCUAAGAAUAGCUCUUCUUUGGCCAGUGGGGGGCUGGAUACCUUUUCCUAUAGCUUUGCCAAUUAGGUUUGGUUCUCAUUUUGUUAUAUAACUAACUUUUCUCUUGAAA